AUGCCUGGACGAACAAAGGCGCAGGCGGAUGCCUCAUCUCAGGACGCUGAUAUGCAGGACGUCCCGCCGUCCGGACAAGAUGAAAUCAACCAGGAUGCGGAAAUGAGGGAGAAUGCCGAGGCCGAGGAGGAAGAGGAAGAAGAGGUCGAGCCUCAGAGAGUGCGAAUUCUCCCUGGUUCAACGGACACAGCGGCUUCGUUUGAGUUUACCGAUGAAGGCCAUACUUUGGGCAAUGCUCUGAGAUAUGUUAUCAUGAAGAACCCUGAUGUUGAAUUUUGCGCCUACUCAAUUCCUCACCCAUCUGAGCCCAAGAUGAACAUCAGAAUACAAACUUAUGACGGCACAGCCGUAAAUGCCCUGAAGAAGGGCUUGAGUGAUCUGCAGGACGUGUGCGACGUCGUGGCCGAGGAGUUCUGGACAAAGAGGCAGCAGUUCAACUCAGAGCAGGGCAUUGACCGAUGA